UUCACCUUGUGGGAGUAAAAGGGGAAACUGGAGUAGGGAUUCUAAAUUACUAUUUGUAAAUUCAUUAAAUUAAGCUUCAAUUAUGGAUGAAGACGGAUUACCAUUAGUAGGCCCAGGGGUAGAUUUUACAAAGGUCGGAGCAAUUCACCAUAAAAGAACAGUAGCAUUCCUUAACCAUUUUGUCAUCCACACAUCAAGAUUUCUUAACAGGUUUUCAUGUGUUUGUGAAGAAAAGCUUAUGCAUCUGUCAACUAGAAUCCAGAGGUUAGAGACAACUAUGAACAUGCUGGAAACAAAGAUAUCUUCCAUUCCUGGCCUGGAGAACAUAACAGCCCCAGCCAGUAGUGCACCAUCUUCUGGAACAGCAGACACACAAGCACCACCAGGUACAGCACCAGCGGCACCACCAGCACCACCACCAGCAGGGGAUUCUGCUGCACCAACAGCAGCACCCAAUGCAGAACAACCAGCACAGACUGAGGAACCACAGCCAGAAAAACCAAAAAUGACAGUUUCCCAAGAUCCAAGAUAUACAAAAUACUUUAAAAUGGUGACAGUGGGAGUUCCUGCUGCAGCUGUGAGGCCAAAAAUGUUAGCUGAAGGUUUAAAUCCAGACCUUUUAGAAACUCCAGAUGCUCCUGCCCCAGAGGGAGAAGAAACUAAAAAUAAAGAUGAUGAUGCUUCAGAUUUUAGUGACAGUGCUUCAGAUGACAGCAGUGGAGGCUUUAGUGACUGAGAUUUAAGUGUUUCAAGUGUACAGCAUUGGAAAAUUCAGUCAACAGGCCUCCUGUUAUAUUUUCAAAUAAGGGAAUAUGAGACGUUUAUGAUAUAUGACCCUCCUCUCACUGAGGAAUCUGCCUGACUGACAGAAUUUCGUCAUCAUUGGAUGGUGCUAAGGAUUGCAAUAAACUGUUAAGUUUGCAAUUUAUAAUCGAUUAAAAUGAGCUGUAAGUUUCAAGUUCGUUAUGUGUUACUGAAAUUUUUCAGUAAUAUAUCUCUGUGAUAGAAAUGAUAAGAUGUCGAUUGAGAUAUUUUAUUAAGAUUAUAAAUAUUUCAAUUGUUUCUAUAAAUCAAGCAACAUUAUGAAAAAUUCUGUAAGUGUAUACACAAAUAAAUAACAAUUACAUUAUUAAUGAAAAUGGCUUCACUGAUUUAUGGUACUUCUUGCAAAAGGAUAGUUUUGUUCACUACAUUGGAUAAAAAAUUAAUUUAUCAUGUGAUUCAGUCAAAAUUUUCAAAUUUCAUGUACUGCAUUUUUGGUUUUCACAUACGAUUGUGCAUAUUGCAAACAGCCAAGAUCCCUAUAUAAUAAUAAAUAUUAUCUACUCAUUAACAAGCUAGUUUUUUUAUACAUUUUUUUGUGUUAACCUCAGAAAAUGUCUAUGCAAAUGCAUUAAACCAGUUAGGAGAAAAAAAACUU